AUGAGUGUCAGACGCUCUCCACCCGCUACGUUUGGCUCAAUGCCAGACUUGCCGAAUGCUGGGAGUGGAAAACCUGAACAACAGAUAACACUACGCAAACGAAAACAGCCCGAUAGAAGCUGCUGCUGUAAUCAAGAAUUACAAGACUUUCGACGGGACAUCACAACCUUACUUGACAACUUUAAUAGUGCUCAAGAAACCACUUUAAAGUUUAUGCGCGAUAAUCUAAUGGAAAUAAAGACCCAGUUGAAUGACAUUAAAGGCUCCGUAAAUGGACAACUCACAAUUCUUCGAGCAAUCGAGGAGUCAACAUCUCCUGAAGAUGCCGUCCACACGUGA